GGGUGAAAAAGAUUUAGCAGUCUUGUUGUUGUUAUCAUCAAGAAAAGUAGAGAUGGAAUCGUCGCUGACUCAUGUGAUGCUCGUCUCAUUCCCAUCACAAGGUCACAUAAACCCUCUUCUUCGUCUGGGAAAGCUCAUAGCUUCUAAAGGCUUACUAGUCACUUUUGUCACCACGGAGGAGCCACUUGGCAAGAAGAUGCGUCAAGCCAACGAGAUUCAAGACGGCUUGCUUAAACCCGUCGGUUUAGGUUUCCUCCGGUUCGAGUUCUUUGACGAUGGGUUUACUCUCGACGACUUAGAGAACAAACAGAAAUCUGGUUUACUAUUCACAGAUCUUGAAGUUGCCGGAAAACGAGAGAUCAAGAAACUCAUCAAGAGAUACGAGGAAAUGAAGCAACCCGUAAGGUGUCUAAUAAACAACGCUUUUGUGCCGUGGGUAUGUGACGUGGCUGCUGAGCUUCAAAUCCCUUCGGCUGUUCUUUGGGUCCAGUCUUUCGCUUGCCUUGCGGCUUAUUAUUAUUACCAGCACCAGUUGGCUAAGUUUCCGACCGAAACAGAACCAGAGAUCGACGUUGAAGUCCCCUUCAUGCCAUUAGUGUUGAAGCAUGACGAGAUCCCAAGCUUUCUUCACCCUUCCUGUCGAUUCUCCAUUUUCACAGACCACAUUUUACAACAAAUCAAACGACUUCCAAACACCUUUUCUAUUCUCAUAGACACCUUUGAAGAACUAGAAAGAGACAUCAUCGACCACAUGUCUCAGCUAUGCCCGGAAGUCAUCAUUUAUCCCAUCGGACCGCUUUUCAUGAGGGCUAAAACCAUAACCUCUGAUAUCAAGGGAGACAUCUCUGACUCUGUAAAUCAGUGCAUGGAGUGGCUUGACUCGAAAGGAGGAAUGAUCGUUGAAUGGUGUGCACAAGAGAGAGUGUUGGCUCAUCCCGCGGUUGCUUGCUUCCUAAGUCACUGCGGAUGGAACUCAACCGUAGAGGCUCUAUCUUCUGGCGUUCCCAUUGUUUGUCUACCGCAGUGGGGAGAUCAAGUGACAAAUGCUGUGUACUUGGUUGAUGUGUUCAAGACAGGAGUAAGACUUGGCCGCGGAGAGUCUGAUGAGAAGAUUGUUUCAAGGGAGGUUGUGGCGGAGAAGCUACUUGAAGCGACGGUUCGAGAGAAGGCGGUGGAGCUGAGAGAAAAUGCUCGGAGGUGGAAGAAGGAGGCUGAGGCUACUGUGGAGUAUGGUGGAUCAUCUGAUAAAAAUUUUGGAGAGUUUGUGGAUAAGUUGGUUGCCAACAUCUGGUGAGAGAAGAUACCGGGAAACACUUAUUAUACCGUUGGCAUUUGGAAAAAAAUCACAUUGAUUUCAUCAUAAUGGUUGUAA